AUCAGUGGCACGCAUGCACUUAACCAAUAAUAUGUGGAUGAUAGAGCUGCAGGCUUCAUCUUCCUCCAUGUUUCUACAUUCUCAAAGUUUUACACCAAAACAAAAAUUAGUUGAAAAUUAAACCAGAGAGUAGCAAAAUAUAAAAACCAAUACAAGAAACAUGGCUGCAACAGGAGGAUCCGUUGCUUCUUUCAGAUGCCCUUCUUCUUAUUUGUGCCAAAAAAGCAGAGCUACAUCAUCUUCAUCACUGGUUGUGAGUGUAAUCUGCCGACGAAGAAACACGUGCUGUUUAGCAGUUCAAGAGCCAUCUACAUCUACAGUUGCUGCUGCUGCUGCUGAGACAAAGAAGGAGAAAGAGGCAGUGGAAGAUGCGACUGCGGAGCCAGAGCCAAAGCCAAAGCCUAAGCGCGCAGAAAAAGCACCGGCAAAGCCUCUUCCUGAGAUGAUGGAGGAGGAUGUGAUCCCUUCACUCAAAACAACUCUUGCAGCCCAGCAAGACAUCUCCGAGCUCGAGCUUUCCUUCAAUGAUAACAAGUUGGAAGGCUCUUUUGUGAAGAAGGAGAUACCUUAUUCAUUCUGGGCAUUUUUCCCAGAUGGAACUCUCAAUGGGCCAAAGGGUUUCUCCAUAUCCUCAUAUGGUAGAGGAGUUAGCACUGUAGAGCCAUUUCUGGUUGAUGAGAAGAAGCCUACAUCAAAACAUGUUGUUUUUUGGGUUGAGAAGCGUUUAGCUGCUCAAGGCAUUAUCCCUGUUUGGCAAGAGUGGUGAUACAUCAUUUUUUUUUAAUGUAAAUCAAAUUUCUUACUUCCAUUUGUCAAUUUUCUCACACCGCUUUUCUGUUAUUAAGCACUGGAUCCAGAAUACUAAGAAAUAGGCUUAAAGGGUGACAAAAUUUGUAAUGUUAUCUUGAUUGCAAAAGCUACCUGACAUGUCCUAGAUCCAGAAUACUAAGAAAUAUUCAUUCCA